AUGGCCGACCCGAAUGAAAGCCAGCCUCUCCUUGCUGCUGGCCAGGAUGUCAGCUAUAUGGAUGGAGACAAUGAAGUCGAGCCCCUUGCUGAAGAAAGCGUUCCAGGACGCCCAGCUGGAGCUACCGUAACCUGCCGAGUAUGUGACGCAACGAUUGACCUCGACGGAAAGCACAAUCAACAUGUUGUGAAAUGCGCCCAUUGCCAGGAAGCCACCCCCAUCCGCCCUGCACCACCCGGAAAGAAAUAUGUUCGUUGCCCCUGCAAUUGUCUUCUCAUCUGCAAGGCUUCAUCCACCCGCAUCGCCUGCCCACGUCAUAAUUGCCGCCGCGUUAUCGCCCUAGCUAAUGCCACCCCCACCGGAAUGGCGACCCGAGCUCCAGCUGGAUCUUGUCGCGUGAUGUGCGGACAUUGUCAGGAGGUAUUCCUUUUCAAUACGCUGAACAACACGCUGGCCACCUGUCCACACUGCAAACGUAGCUCUUCUGUUGGGGCUACGGUAGCCCGGGCUCGAGCCAUUCUCUACCUAUUUGCAUCUAUCGUUCUCACAAUCCUCUCCGUUCUGCUUACAGUAUUUACUUCGCAAAAGGCGCAUUCGAUGUUUUACAUCUAUCUGCUUUGGAUUGGAUUUUAUGGAGUCACCGGAUAUGUCAUCUACAGGUUCAUCUACUACUCGGUAAUCAAAGUGAGCACGAUUGUCAGCCCGGUC